UUCCGUAUUCAACAGCAAACGAGAUUGUACGAGAUAUCCGGAAGUAGGUGAAGAGAACGAUGAUCCCGAUCUAAAGAGAACAAUAAAGGACUCCUCUUGUUUUAGUGUUGUUGGGUCAUGUUUGGCUCGUAACUAGCGAUGUUUUGUUCGCAGAAAGUAUUACAUCGACAAUGUCAAAUCAAAGUACUGGACUAACUCGGCUCAGCGAGGAGAGCUUGACACGGCCCCCAGAGGAGGUCUUUGAUAUUGUGGGCAAGUUAGGAGAAGGAUCCUAUGGCAGCGUUUACAAAGCCCUCCACAAGGAGUCGGGCCAGGUGCUGGCCAUCAAACAGGUGCCGGUGGACACGGACCUGCAGGAGAUCAUCAAAGAGAUCUCCAUCAUGCAGCAGUGCGACUCGCCCUACAUCGUCAAGUACUAUGGCAGCUACUUCAAGAACACAGACCUAUGGAUUGUGAUGGAGUAUUGUGGGGCGGGCUCUGUGUCAGACAUCAUGAGAUUGCGGAAGAAAACUCUGACAGAAGAUGAGAUUUCCACCAUCUUGUACUACACCUUGAAGGGCCUAGAGUACCUGCACUCGCGCCGCAAGAUUCACCGCGACAUCAAGGCUGGCAACAUUCUGCUCAACACAGAGGGUCAUGCCAAGUUGGCCGACUUUGGGGUGGCUGGACAGCUUACGGACACCAUGGCCAAGCGGAACACUGUGAUAGGAACUCCGUACUGGAUGGCGCCCGAGGUCAUACAGGAGAUCGGCUACGACUGUGUCGCUGACAUCUGGAGUUUAGGUAUCACAGCUUUAGAGAUGGCAGAAGGCAAGCCCCCGUAUGGUGAUAUACACCCCAUGAGAGCCAUAUUUAUGAUCCCAACGAAACCGCCCCCGUCUUUCCGAAAGCCUGAUAAGUGGUCAGCCGAGUUCAUCGACUUUGUGUCCAAAUGCUUGAUGAAGAAUCCAGAGCACAGAACCACUGCAGCUCAGUUGCUACAACAUAACUUCAUAAAGAACCGUGAGCCGUGCUCGGUGCUGUACAGCAUGCUGCAAGAAGCUAAAGAGAUCCAGGAGGCUCAGGCUAGCAUAUUGGCCAACGGAGAAGAAUCGGGUGAAGACGAUGACACGGACGGCACCAUGGUGAAGAAAACAGACCAGGAAGGGACGAUGAAGGCCCAGGUGGAGGGUACUCUGACCCCAAGCGGCACCGUGGUGGUCAACAGCGAGGCCUCCACGCUACAGUCUGAACUGGGCACCAUGGUCAUCAACUCCGACUCAGACUCGGAGGACGGCACCAUGAAACGUCACAGCACAGCGAGCGGCGGGGAGCAGUAUCGCCCCUCCUACCUGGACCAUUUCGAUAAGCAGGACCAGGAAAAGUCGAAAGCUACCCCCGCUGCACCGGCGGCAGCCAACAACAACAACAAUCAGCAGCAAUCUCAGGGCCCCAGCCAGCAACAAGUGCAGCAGCAGCCGCAGCCGCAGCAAGCUCCACCCAAGCAGAUAACCCCGCCCCAUCAUUUCCAGCGCUCUUUCAUUGAUGGAGAUUUUGAAUUUUUACGGACUCUUGCUUUUGAAGACUUGCAGCGGCGACUGACCGACCUUGACCCAGAAAUGGAGCGAGAAAUUGAGGAGCUGCGAGCUCGUUAUCAGGCGAAGAGGCAGCCAAUCUUGGAGGCCAUUGAUGCUAAGAAAAAACGACAACAAAAUUUUUGAAAUGCUAAUCUUGGGCUAGUGGGUCUGGGAUUGUGUGUGAGGGGGUAGAUAAUAUAUUUGGCUUGAAGAGGAUUGGAGGCUACAUGUUCUUACUGUAAGGGUUAGAGGCUACAUGUAGGCUACAUAUUCCUCCUAUAAGGCUUAGCAGCUACAAGUUCCUGCUGUAAGGGUUUGGGGCUACACGUUUCAUCAGCUGUUUUACAAUGAGGUGAUGUGGUGUUAGAUGGAUUGUCUGCCUUGUCAAUCUGUACAUAUAUACUUGUUGCAGUGAUAUCUUUGUUUUCACACAACUGAAACUUAUUUUGGUUGAAUCAUGAUUUAAGACAAAUGCCGUGUGGAGCCAGUACAGCCGGGAAGAAAGAUGUGAAUUCUCUAGUGCUCUACACAGCUCAUGCUUGACUAGUCGAGAAUUGAAUUGUCCCAUUGAAACUUCAUCAUGAAACCUCGAUGCACAUACCUCCAGGUUUCAGAAACCUCGCCCGUCAUUCCUAUCUACCGAAUUAUCACUGAACUGAACAAUGGCUUUAUUAUUAUAUGCAUUUUUACUCAUGCAACUGAAAGUGUCUGCUCAAAUAGUGCAAUGCAUUUAUUGUAGAACAGUUUAUUAACAGAUCAUCCAUCCUUUGAGCACACUAUUGUCAUGAAGAUAAGAAGCAAAGUUUUCACACCAUGCUGUUGAGACAGUUCAAUGGACUUGCUUUCAAAAAUGUCUUGCUGUAUGUCAGAGCACAGUGUCAUGUCAGUCUCUGCAGGCCGGGCGGUAGACUUUUGUGUCAGAUUUGUACCUCUUGUAAUACAGAAAUUAGUUGUGUUACGAAUUCGUAUCAUCGCCCGUGCUUUGGAAUUCUGAAACAACUUUCUGGAGGAAUUAUCGUGUGGACAAGCUCUGGGGAACAGAGACUGCAGACAUUGGGUUUGAGACAUACGUUGAUGAGAUUUUUAAACGGAAUUAAUCAUGUCAUUCUCAGUCACUUUCAUGGAAUUGUUUUUGUCUUUGAAGUAACUUUUGAUAUUUUUCAUCUAUUACCCUAGACACAAAUAUUGUUCUUGAAAUCAUACUGGUCAUUGUCUUUCUUGUGCUACCCAUUUUAGUUCCACUUGUUUUUUUUUCUUCCUUCUCUGAUUUAUUUUCAAUUUGGGGAAAGUGGGAGUUUCUUUUUAGCCUUUGGACAAAAUAUUUGGUAGCGGGGUACUGCUGUGUAUGGUGUCUCUCUCUGCACCACAGAUGGGAAGAAUGUAGUUGCAGGGGCAGAUAGGAGUGAAAUUAUGAGAGCUGACGUCUCCUGGGUGCAGAUAAAAGACUUCUUGACUCAUUUAAAACUCUUGCGCGCUUAACGUUUUGUUUGGGCUAGUAUUUAACGAUUUUUGUUAACUGUUGAAGCCAUCUGUAGUGCUGGGUGAAGGGGCAGAAUUUGUCACAAGAUAUUUGCAUUAGUUUUCAGAAGAAUGGAAGGUCUCAGACCUUUAAUGUUACGAGAAUACAGGUACAAAGUGAAAAAUAUGGUGGGAUAGUUAAAAACUUGGUAUUAGCUUGGAUGGUGAUGAUUGUCAGUGAAAAUUGUACUUCCUUUUUUUGCAUUUUCUUUUUCUUGUAUAUGAUUUUAAAAAAAUAUUUUGGGAAAGGUUUUUGUUUAAAAAAAAUAAUUUUAAUAAAUAUUCCUUUUUUUUUUUCUGUCUUUAAUUUUGAGUCCACGUUUCUCAUUGAGAGACUCCAUGUUUUUGAUGGUUGACAACAUAAUACUGUAUAGUUGUAGCUGUAAUAAUGAUGGUAGUGUGUGCUGUGUUGUUGUAUGGACAUGUCUUUUAUGUUUGGAGUCUUCCAGCCUUGGGCACAGCCCUUUAGCACAAAGUAAGUGAAUGAAUCUGACCUGAGCUUUUCUCUCAUACACUGGUGGUGUGGGGGACAAAGUUACCUUGUCUUGGUCUCUACAGAGAAUAUAACCCAGUGCUUUUUUCGGCUCCUGAUCACGGAAUUUGAAAAUUAAAUUAAAAUCAAAAGAUUUGUACGACUGUAGCUAUCGAGACACACAAUGCAGUAAGUUGAUCAAACAACUUCAUGCCUUGGUUCUGUAUCUCUGUCAAAUUUUACCUGCCACCCACAGGAGAAAGGUUUUUAUCAUAGGUGUAACCAGGUACCUGCCGAUUCCCGACACAUUAUGUUUUAAUGCUGCUAUCUUGUAUUGUCUAUCGUUGACCAUAAUGUUUGUGACAACUUUCCGGUGAAUCUUUUUUCUGUGCCAGCAUAGUUGAGAUUCUCAAUCAAGAUAGGCGAGUGCCGACUGCUGGUCACAUGUUACAACCAUCAGUGAAGUAAGGAUGUUUCUUUUUUGUCAGUGGGAAUUAAUUUUAUUUACCUCUCUUUUUGGAUUAACUAGUUGUUUUUUUAUUGAAAAAAAAAAAAGAUGUUUUAUUACCGCUGUUUUCGGAUUAACGGUGGUCUGUUUAAGUUUAAGUGGACUAUGCUGUGUGUGAAUUCAGAACUGCAGGGAAAUAUGUUGAAAAGCCAGUGAAGCCAUGUAUGUGUUUAUUGUCUCUCUGGCAGAACAGGUACACGGGCGUAGAUAUAUAUAUAUUGAUACAUUGAUUUAGAAUGAUGGGCCGAGGCAUUUUUGAACAAUUCUGGUCAUGUAUGAUAAAUACCUCUGGACUUGAACACUGUGUUCCCGAUGCUGUCACUGUAGGUAGGUGUGUGAUUGUCACCAGUGUGUGUGUGUGUGUGUGUGUGCUAGCAUUGUGUCAGGCAGGUGUGUUUCUCUUGGGACGGCAGAGUAGUGCAUUGUGUUGAAGGUUGUUUGUCGUUCUUCAUUCUAUAGAAACUUGGGGGGGGGGGGGGGGAUUUCUGUUUGUCAGGCUGCCAAAGCCUGCUACUAGAAAGGACGUAAAACUUCCGUUGUUGAAGCUGCGUGCUCCAACUUGCUGCCUUCUGAUGCUUUGUCCAUUUAUUUGUGUGUAGACAUCUAAGAACGUUGGCUGACAGAUCUUGUUGUACUUGUACACUUUGCACAUGGCUCUGGCAUUUUUCUUUUUCUUUAGGAAUUAAAAAAAUAGGAAAGUAUGGUCUGUGCUGACUGUAUUAUAAGGAAGUAAACAUUUACAGAGUGGACAGCAAUGGUAUGUAUUAAUAUUCUUCGCAUGUUAAUGAAUUUCCAAAUGUUUCUAUUUAUGAAUUGUGUUGUACAGUUUGUGUGGGAAUUGACAGUGAUAAUCUGAUGGGUAAACAAGCAAGGCAGAGGUAGACCAAGAGAAACUUUUGUGUAAAACCUGAACAGAUGGGUGACCAGGAAACGCCAGGAUGAUAUAUAGGAUUUGUUUGAGAGCGUCUGAAUGGGGAACCAUGAUUGCCGAUGUUUGUUCUAUACUUGGCACUUCAUGAUGAUGAAUCUGAUGUGCCUGAUGUUGAUGACUGGAGACCAAGAAAGAGGGAAUUUCGUGUUUCUCUUUUUUUUUCUCUCCUAGGGAUCGUUGUCGCAUUCUAAGCGAAUUUUUCUGCAAUUUCUGUAACUGGUUUCUCAUAUCCUUCCAACUGUUCUCUCUCCCUCAAGGGUUUUUGCUUGCAAUUCUUUUUUCUAUGGAUAGAUUUGAUAAAGUCUAUUUCUGUGGAUAGAUUUUAUAAACUCUAUUUCUAUGGAUAGAUUUCAUGAAUCAUUUUUCUGAAAUAUACUUUAUUGUUUGCUUGAUUGUCGUAACUGUCUGGGUCAAAGAAUUCUGUCUGAGUUUUUUUCUUUCCCCUUUACUCCUUUUUUUUCUUUCCCCUUUACUCCUUUUUUUUCUGUUUUUUAUUUCUACUUUUGUAAUUUUUUUGAUGGCUGUAGGUCACAAUAACAUAAUGAUCUGAUGAGUGAGGAGUGUGGAGGUGUGUGAGAGUUGGGAGUGCUCUCUCUCUCUCUCUCUCUCUCACUCAGGAACUAGGGACCUCCAUGAGAAAGAAUGAUUGCUGUAAUUCAAUUAAUUUUUUAAUUUUUGUUUGGUAAGGUGAGAAAAAUGUGAAGUCUGUUCGAGAUGGGAUCAAGUGGACAAAUGGAAUUAUUGGAUGGAGAGAAUGUGAAAGGAACACAUGGGGCUGUAAUUAUAAAUAAUUUAAAUCUGUCUUUGCACAUGUCAUGUGGAUGAGUUGAUGGCUGGCGUGAUGUCACUAGAAUGUCGUUACCGAGACCAAGGUUAGUGUUACCGCCAAGAUGCCUCUCUUUUGUUUUAUGAUUACAGUCCUUUGAGUUUUCCUACUUCCCGUCUACCUGCGCUGAUUGUCCAGUAAGAAAUGCAUUUAGUUGUGUUUUAAUCUCUUCUUCUCUUUUUGUUUUUCUCUUUAUUGUAUAGAUUUAGUUUUUAAUCAUGUGUACCAAAACAGGGUUUGUGUGAUAACCAGUUACCCAUAGUUACAUAUUAUAUACAUGUGUAUGAUAUGCAUAUAUUGUGCAUGUGUACUCAUUUAUAUAUAUUAUCUUUAUGUAAUUGCAUUUGGGUUCAUCUUCAUCAACACCCCACCCUCCCCCCUCCCCCAGGUAUGCAGUGAAUUUGACGUGCUUAUCUGUAUGGAGCAUGAUGUACACAUUCGGUAAUUUAAACAUCUCACUAGUGUCGAGUAACAGUGUCCAAGCCAAUCAAGCCAAUGGCAUCUCUCUUCUUAGUCUGUCAAUAGUCGUGCAACGAACAUGGUUUAAAAAAAAAAGAAGACUAUUGUUGUUUCUUAUUGCGUGCGACCCACGAUCGUCUGUUUGAAAUUUCUAUUGUUAUUCGGUACAUGCCUUGUAUAAGAAGCAGACUGUUUUCUUCUGUUAGUGUGCAGCCAUCAGUAUUAUUAUCAUACGUAAUUCUUUUCGCUUUAAUGGAAGUCUUAUAUUUUCCUUGCGUCAAAUAUUUCACCGGAACUGUUAAGAUUUUAGGAGAGAGAUGUGAAGCCCCCAAGUUUUGAAAGGCUUCUGGUAAUAAUGUAAGCAGGCGACAUCAGUUGUGAAUGAUGUUAUUCUUUUCAUUCAAUCAUUAUGUGAACAUUGCGUGGAACAUUUCUCAAUUUCUGGCAUAGCUGUUGGUGUACGAGCGCGAGAGAGAAAAAGAGAGAGAGAUGUGGUCUAUUGUUGUUUGACUGUGUGCUCAGAGAUGUCCUCUGCCCUCUCAAGUGGGAGCUAAGAUUGCAUGCAGUUCUUGUGUGAUGUAACUUAUAUAAAAGGGAGUGCUUAUUUGGGCCCCCCCCCUCCCCCAACCUUAUUUGGGUUACCCUUGCAUGGCGAUGAUAAUUGAUCUCUAGAAUUGAAGAGUUAGUUUUAUUUUGAGUAUCUUUGUUUUUCAGUGUAGGUUUAUCCCUGUGCUCAAAAACAGUAUACCACUACCAGUGUAUAGAUUAUAGACUAUAAUUUAGUAUAACACAGAUGUUUUGGAAAAAAAAGGCUGGCGAUCUCCGCUUUUUGCCCCAUGCGUACUGGAACAACGAUAAUAACUUUAUAUUGGUUAUGGUUAGGAUUAUGAAUUAUAGUAUAGUAAACGUUGGGGCCAAAAGUGGAUUAUCAAUAUAUCACAAAAGACUAAAUGCUUGUUAAUUUCAGUAAAAUGGAUGAUCAAUCCUCUGAUCUAUGUGAUUUUUUAAAUCCUCUUGGAUCUAUGUGAUUCUACAUUCUACUCAAUGAUAGUGUCAUUCAGAGGCCAAGACAAGGCAAACUAGAUCUAGAUUACAGACACAGAGUAGAGUUGCAAACUAUAUAAGGUACAGAGGGGAUGAAUGUUUGAUUAUGUAGGCGAGGGUAGCCCAAAUGAGCUUAUCCAAAGUUUCCUGUGGGUAGUGACUUUAUUUGGACUACAUAUAGCUCUAUUAAUAAAGGGAGUUCCUGUUUGGGCUACACAUAGCCCAAAUAAGGUCACCCAACUUAUAAUGCCAGCUUAUUUGAGCUGACACUCUAGAAAAUACAACCCAGGUGAAUGAAAAUGAUGAAAAGUUUAAAAAAUAAAAAGCCUGUGGGAAAAUAAAUAUUCUACCUGUACACCCCAAUCAUUUAAUUGUGUUCAAGUUGACUGAUGAUGAUUAAUAACAAUAUGAUUGUACAAACCAUUGGUUGAAAUAAACUUAGAACAGAGAAAGACUCA